GUCCAUGUCGCGAUCGGCGGCGGGGAAAUGCAGCGGACUGAGUGCCUGCCAAUUUGUUUGUUUGUUUGUGCAUAUAAUAUAGUAUACCCCCGGACCGAGAGGCCCAAUCGAAGUUGAUGAUACCUGAGAUAGAUAUUUUGUUCCUCUUACUUGAGACACUGUUGCCGGAGAACCUUUUCGUGCAGUGCAGAUUCAUCUGUCGAGCCCUUUCCAAGUUGAAAGUCGCCAUCAUAUCAUGACAUCCAGCCACCUAACUUAUCCUGCAAGGCACCACCAAGUUAGUGAACUUUUUUCUUGGAUUGUACCUUUUUGUUUUGUUUUUCUUUUAUUUCUUGCCCAAUUUUCUUCUUCUUGGGUUAUAAGAGAGAGGGGAAAGGCGGUGGGGUGUUCGCUUGCCUUAAGAGUCGUCGGCUUGAAAGAAUACACCUUGGAUAAAAUGUGCGAGAACAUUUAUUCCCUCUCCCGGACAAUGAGAGGGAUACAAUUCAAGAUGGCAUGACUUGUACAGUGAUACACACGAUGGUCACAACAACCGAUGAUAUCGUCUUGCAAGAGAAAACCGCUUACACACUUGAAGAUUGCAUGUGCCUAUACAGGAGCAUCCACAAGGACUACACGCCAAUUGUUUGUGGUUAAAAAGUGGCAUCAG